AUGUUCCACUUCGCCCUCGCCAGAACACCCAUCGAACUCGCGCCGUACGUCGCACUCGCGGUCUGCACCGCAUGCGCCACGGCCGUCCGGUCCGACAACCCCCACAACUUGCUCACCGCGCUCGGCCUCGUGCUCACCUCCUGGCAGUACUCCGCCUCUCCGGUUCGGGGCAAGGAGCACGCCGUGCUCGACUGUCUUCUGAACGGAUUCGCCGUCGACAUGCUGUAUCACGCGGGCUACACGGCCGGCGGGGGCCGGAUCAACUCCCCCUCUGCGCGGUUGCGCGGCCGCACCUUGGGCUUGUGCGCCGCAGGCCUGUAUGCGCUGGGCACGGUCGCCAACCUCGACGUCGACGCGUCUGCCGGCUGGAGCACAACCGCGACCGUGCUCGGGCCGCAGGCGGCGCUCGGGUUCGCGGCGUAUUGCUAUCUGAUGGCGGCGAGACAUCUGCGGAGCCGUUUCUCCCUCGUCGGUGCGGUGUAUUUCUUAGGGGGGUUCCUCAUCCCACUCGCGUCCUUCUUCGAGUUCCAGCCCCCUGCUGCGGCAUUUGAUACGAUGGCUUGGUGGACGGUGGAGAUGGCCGAGUGGUGGUUGACGAGCAAGGCGAUGCACUGGAUCUUCGGGGAAUCUCUCGAAUCCGUCUUUUGUCGGAUCUUUGCCAGCCACCCUCGGAUGCCUCCCAGCCCCGCUGAGCAAUAG